UCGCUCAGUAAUCAUUAUGGUGUGGUACAGCUACGUGCUCGUGCAAUAACGUCGAGCUAAUGCUCUAAUUAAUGUCUAUAUAUCACAUCAAGAGAAACAAAUUAAGAUACUUGCUCCAGCUGGAAGUAAAAUACAAAUGCCUGUUCGGGCUAAUGCAUGAAAACAAAGACAAACCAUUGCUACGUGAAAUUUUUUUAUAAGCAUCUCCUCCUUCUUUGACUUGCUGAUUAAAUUGAUUGUCUACAAUUUUUACGAAUCAGCUUAGAAGUAGAAGAAAACGUGUGAUGCUGAAUCCAAAAUGAAGUUGUUAUAAAGAAGUUGUUGAGAGUCCUAAUGUAUAUAAAGAGGUCGUUGAGAGUCCUAAUCUACCAUUUGAAAACCAGACUUCGUCUUGAGCUCACUUCUUAAUCUUCUCACGAAAUGGCAGGAUUGUUCGCCUCCAUGUCCCUUUUGUUGGGCAUCCUGUGCCUCGCAGUAGCUCAGAGUCCGGUGGACCAUCCUCCGCCUCGACCUCUCCUGCCUCAACCUCAUUCUCCUCACCGUCCUCCUUUCCUAUAUCUACCUCCCGGUCCUUCUCCUGGGGGUGCUAACACCGUCUCCGGCCUCGGACGACCAGUUUUCCCUGGAGGUGCUAACACCGUCUCCGGCCUUGGACGACCAGUUUUCCCUACACCCACGACGACAACACCAAAGCCAACCACCCCGAAGGCAUGCUCGAACUGGUGCAAGAAGGACAACAACGGACGCAUUGAAUAUUUUUGUUGCGAUAAUCCACCCGCGCAGAAGCCUGGCGUGUGCCCCCCUGUGAGGACUGUGUGUCCAGUGUACGACGCAGUUGCUGCACCUAACCCCUGUGUCAACGACGUCCAGUGCGAUGGCAAGUUGAAAUGCUGCUUUGACAAUUGCCUUGGGCAUAAAACUUGCAAGCCUGCCAUCACAAUUUAGUUUCUUCGUACUCGACGUUAUGGUACCUAUGUCUGUUGUAGCAUGUUUUGUUUGUGUAGAUGUUACGUCAUACCUACGUCAUUAUCCUAAUUCAAAUCAGUUCCUGGUUUCACACAAACUUACAAAUUCUUAGGAUUAUCUCCUUAUGUUGUUGACGAGGUUGCUUUGUAAAAUAAAAAGGCAGACGGCAACCAGUCAAGCAACAUUACAUCAGGUCAGGUAUAAUUUUUGUUUGUGGCUUUGGUAGCCUAUAGGGUUUGGCUCUGCUGGUAAUCUAUAUCAAUUUGAUUUUAAAUAAAAUUUCAUAAUACGG